UCGGCACCGGGGAUAUACCGGCACGGGGGGUGCACAGGCAGCGCGGGCUUUACCGGGCACCGGGGUUAGAGCAGCACCGGGAAUGUACCGGCGAUGGGGAGAGAGGUACCAGUACGUGAGGUGUACCCCGGCGUGGAGGCUGUACCGACACCAGGGGCUGUGCUGACACUGGGCAUGUACUGGGGAGGUACCAGUAAAUGGGGUGGACCAGCACUGGAAACCUGCUCCUGAAUGGAGCUGAGACCUGACCAGCAUCAUCAGGAGGAGCCUCCGUGGGCACAUCCCUCACCCUGUGCCCUGCACCGCCAGGCCAUGAAGACAGAGAAGGACGAGGCUGUGCCCACCUUCUCCCUGAGGGGUAAAUACGGUGGAGAGGGGACAGGCUGCAGCGAGGUGGCUCUGCCCGGUGCCCCGAUGUUGAUGGCCGGAGGGACCCCAGCCCAGGACCUGCGGCCCUUGAAGCGCAGACCUGUCCCAGGGAAGCACUACCAGUGCUCGAGCUACGGCUGCAAACUGGCCUUCCCCAGCAUGCAGGAGCUGAUGGACCACCUGAAGGUCCACUACAGACCCACACAGUCCCUCGAGGGCAAAACCUUCCACUGUCCCACGCUGGGCUGCACCGAGACCUUCCCCAGCAUGCAGGACCUCAUGGCCCACAUGAAGGUGCACUACAAGCCAAACCGCUACUUCAAGUGUGAGAACUGCCUGCUGCGCUUCCGGACACACCGCUCCCUCUUCAAGCACCUGCACGUCUGCUCCGACAGCGCCAGCAGCCCCGCACCGCCCCCCAGAGCCGACAAGCCCCUCCUGCCUCCUGCUACCUCCGCCGUGGACAAGGAGCCCCCGGCCAAGCCGCACACCGAGGGGCUCCCCAAGCUCCCGAGUGCUCUCCCACGGCCCCUGGAGAAGGAAGCCCUCCUGCCCGGCGCGGACUCUGCCGCGGCGCCGGCCGCGCUGCCCACCAGCCUGCCCGAGCUGCCCGGCUCGCUCGAGGCGCUGCCGCUGGUGCCGCCGGCCCCGCACCCCUUCCCGCUGCUGGAGCCCGGCCUUUUCGGCCCUUCGUCCUUGACUCGGUUCUCGGGGCCACCCCCGUCCUCGAUGCCGGGGCCGUUCCUGUCCUACGUGCCCCCCUCGCCCUACGCGCUGCCCCAGCCCCCGGCGCAGCACCGCCUGCGGCCCUUCCUGCCGGGCCACGGCCCCGCCGUGUCCAACGCCGUCUGGAAGAAAAGCCAAGGUGUGAGUGUCAGCCCACUCCUCCCAUGCUUUGGCUCAGGAGUGACUCCAGGGCACUCCUCCAACAGCCGCAUCGUGUGGGAGCACACGCGGGGCCGCUACUCCUGCACCCAGUGCCCCUUCUCGGCCGCCUCCCGCGAGGAGAUGACCCUGCACAUCGAGGACCACCGCAAGAACCCCCCGCCCGGGCGCCUGGACGCCGAGAUGGAUUUCGGGGUGGGUCUCGCCUCCUUCCACGCCAAGAUGACGCCGGAGAUGGAGAACUCCCUGUACUCCCAGCUCUGA